GCUCUCGGUGCUUUGUUGUAAUUGUGUGCUUUUUCUCACCCCACAUCUUCGAGAUGGCCCAAGUCAAUAACAGGACUGUUUACGUGCAGCCGACCACCGGGGGCCGAAUCGAAGUUUCUUUGCCCCCAGAAACUUCCAUAAACAACUUGAAAAUUCUUGUGGCCAAGAGACUAAAAGUUCCCAAGAGCAAGAUUAUAUUGCUGCAUAAAAAUAAACAGCUGGUUGAAGGGUCAUUGGAAGACAAUAAUAUUGCAGAAGGUUCUAAACUAACUCUUCUUCCAAAUGUGGAAACAGGCCUAAUGACACAAAAUCCAGAGCAAUGUGUUAUGCAAGCUUUGGAAACUUUAAAUGAAUCACAAGUUGAUAACUUCCUAGCUGGAAGGUCACCUCUAAACUUGACGAUGAGGCUCGGGGACCACAUGAUGUUUAUCCAGCUACAACUAUCCACUGUUUCCACAGCCCCCCACAGCAGCAGUCCUGCCACCACGUCUUCCCCUCCCACACCCCCAACGACGCCCACUUCCACCAGCCAUCCAGAUUCCCCAUCUCCAUUCAGCGCCCCUCCAGUGUCGGUCGUCUCUUCGUCCAUCACCUCCAUGCCGUCUCCUCCUCCAUCACCCAAGUGCACCAGUCCAUCCGAUCCAAAAGUUCCAGCCGAGUCCUCGAACUCGAUCAGCAAUAAGGUGUUCACGGAAGCCACCCGCAACCUGACUCAGACGCUGAAGCAGUUGUCUUCGUCGGCUCUUACCAAAAAGAUGAACGAAAGCUGUGAUGGCCGCUGCUGUGUGGCACGUCGGCAAGGUGGUGCUGUAAUCGAAAGCAUGUUCCAUCAUGGCCGAGGAGUCUUUUCAGGGACAUUUUCUGGUACACUAAGUCCUCUGUUGCAAGACAAGAACGGUCGCCCCCGCCGCAACAUUUGCACAGUCAUUCACAUUCUAAACGAUCUGCUCGGGGCUUCGUCUCAUUGCAACCCCUCUGCUCAGUGCCUCUGCUCAACAAAUACUCCCGCUGCUCAGUCAAAGCUCUCGAAGACUGCCAUUCCUAGCAAAGUCAAAGAUGAAGACUGCAAACAAGAUGAAGACAAAGUGCUUAGAGAAAAGGUCCAACAUAUCCAAACGAUGCUGAAGGAGCGACGACAAAACCGGAGAGUUCGCAGGGAAGAAAGAUCUUCCCCUUAUUCCUCCGACAGCAAAGUGGUCGAUCGAAAAACUCUCACCCACCCCACGAGUAGCUUCGACAGCAACGGGCUGUUCUGUUCCACACUCAGUUCUGACUGCAGUGACCAGAAGUGCAUGGACUACAGCUCUGAAACAGCUGUUGCAUGACUUUCCCCAACACACUGCCCAUAGAGUUGGUUAUAAAUCAGUAUUUUCUAUUUUGUCCUGAUUUGAUCAGGACUCUGUUUGCCAUGCUUGUUGAAUAGCGUGGGUAUUUCUUUUCUUUAAUCGUGGUACUUGGUAGUAUCACUGUGACCAUAUAUGUUUGAGUAUUCUUCAAGGCUGUUAACGAAUGUAACGUUUAGGUUUGUUCCCAGUCUGUUACCAUAUUUAGAAGUAUGUGAUACAGUUCUCGUCAUGA